AUGGACACAAACCCUUCAGACAAAGCCAUUGGCUGGGCGCCUCUCUCUCAUAUUCACCUGUCAAGGCAUGACAUAGAUAGUAGACAGUUAGCUCUCUUACAGCCAGUUGUGUAUUAUAAAGAUAAUGUCUAUUCCCGGAUUCAUUCUCAUUCUAAAGAUCAUGAUGUUGGCUCAGGAUCGCAUGUACACGUCAGUUUGUCUAAUAAUGGAGAAAAUGUUUUUAUCGCAUCUGGUGAACCGAAUAGGUAUGGGAUGUCCCUGAUCGGAGAAUCAUUCAUGGCUGGAGUGUUAGAUCAUCUUCGUUCCAUAUGUGUAUUUACGAUGCCUAUCUCUAAUAGUUAUGAGCGCUUAAUGUCUAAGUCGCGGAAUUCAUCAUUUAUUUGUUGGGGGGUAGAAUGCAAAGAGUUACCUGUUAGAGCUUGUUGCCCUCCUGGAGAUGCUAAUGGUGUAGUAACUAAUUUUGAAAUUAAAACUUUUGAUGGAUCUGCAAAUCCACACCUGGGUCUUGCUUCUAUAAUUAUUGCUGGUAUCCAUGGCCUGCGAAGAAAUCUAUCAAUUCCAGAACCAGUAGAACCAGAGUCUUAUGUCUUCGAUUGGAACAACGAUGAUAUAAGGGUACCAGGGUCUCUAAGAUGCGCUAUUAUCCAUAUGGAUUCAGACAAAUGGUUUAAUGAAAUGUUGGGUCAAGAAUUUUUGUACACCAGAAGAGGAGUUGUCGGCGUACGUUUGCUUCUUUUUAAUGAGUUUCAAUUUAUUCACAUAAGAACUGAUUAUUGUCAGACUCUUAUGUAG